GAGACGGGAGGGGGAAGAACACUACUGCUCAGCUACAGCCUGUUAACAGAGGGAAGAACAUGGUAGCACCUUCACAACACACUGCGUCGAGCCAAUCCAAGUUUGAGGAGAUCAGGAAGUCCAACCAGGCUGCUGCUCAGCGAUUGGCUCAGAGCCAGUACAGCUCCUCCUCAGACGAUGAUGUCGAUGAUAUAGUCGAUGAUGGUGGGAAGGUCCAGGGGAAGGACGGUAAACGAGGGCAGAUUCUGGCCUCGACGCUCACCACCUACACGGACCAGACUGGUGGAGAUGUAACAGAUCUAGAGAGAACUCGUCAGUACCUGAGUGAUGCGUUCCAGUCUGGUGCUAUCACCUGCCUUAUCUGUAUCGCCUCCGUCAAGAGAAACCAGGCUGUGA